AUGCGCAAAACCGCAGCCAAGUCCAAAACUGUAUCAACUGGCAGCCCAUGGUACGGUCCAGACCGUGUCAAGUACUUGGGCCCAUUCUCCUGUGAGGCUCCAUCAUACCUCACCGGAGAGUUUUCCGGAGACUACGGUUGGGACGCUGCUACGGAUCCCGAGACCUUUGCCAAAAACCGUGAGCUUGAGGUCAUCCAUUCCAGGUGGGCCAUGCUCGGAGCCUUGGGCUGUGUUUUCCCCGAACUUCUAGCCCGCAAUGGAUUCAAGUUUGGCGAAGCUGUUUGGUUCAAGCCCAGAGACCAGAUAUUCAGUGAGGGUGGGCUAGUUUACUUGGGAAACCCGAGCUUAGUCCAUGCACAGAGCAUUUUGGCAAUCGGUGGGCCUCUCGGUGAGGUGGUAGACCCAUUGUACCCUGGUGGGAGUUUUGACCCCUUAGUCCUCACAGAAGAUCCAGAAGCUUUUGCUGAGCUCAAGGUAAAGGAGCUCAAGAAUGGAAGGCUAGCAAUGUUUUCCAUGUUUGGGUAA